AUGGCCGAAGGUGAGGCUGCUACUGGCAAAGGACAGCCAAAGCUACGGAAGUACUUCUUCGGGGACAUAUACCGACAAGGCAACUAUGUGCCUCUUCAUCCAGAGCUCUUCGAAAACCCUCGGGAGAACUUAAAGAGGUGGCUGGCGCCAAGCUUCUUAGCUGCUGUCUCGGCGAGAGACGGGGAGAAAAGUCUAAAAGAGGCGCUGCGAGAAGAUGCUCCGAGCAUUUACUCGUUCGAGCUGUUCAAUGCAGAAUUCUGUGCGAAGCUGCUGGAGGAAGUGAGCCACGCGCAGCAGACGGCCCGCGAGGCUCUGGAUCGGCCCAACGGGAUGAAUAGGUACGGACUCGUGCUGAAUCAGCUGGGUUUGGAGCCACUCAUAUCUGAGCUUCAGCAGGAGUAUUUAAUGCCGCUGAUGGCUGCCCUAUAUCCACAAGAAUCUGAAGAUUGUCGCGACCAUCAUUGUUUCAUUGUGAGGUACAAAGCUGGCGAGGAUGUUGGUCUGGACAUGCAUGAGGAUGAUUCUGACGUCACCCUCAACGUGUGUCUCGGAAAGGAGUUUUCAGGGGCGACUCUGUCCUUCUGCGGCCUGGUGACCGAUGCAAAUCACCGGAAGAUGCAGUACACUUACGCGCACGAGAAGGGCCGUGCAGUCCUUCACUUGGGACGGCAGCGUCACGGUGCCGACAACAUCGAGUCUGGAGAGCGAGUGAACUUCAUCCUCUGGUCGGUUAGCCACAAGUACCGCGCUUCGGAGGCUUAUCAGAACCAUCGUUUGCGAAGCUCCACCUCUGACCCUCCAGAUCGAAUUUGUCUGUCCUACACGCACGAUCGCGACUACACCAAAUACCUUCCGAAACCAACGAAGGCGCAGGCCAUCUCCAGAGGGGUCAUGCUAGAUGUGGUGGAACGCAGACUGGAGAUCUACAAUCGGCCCGUGCUGGACCUUGCUCGCCCUAUCGAUGAGAUAAACAGUGUGCCCAGCAUCUGCUUGUUUCUGGAGGGCCUGCCGCCGUAUCGGCAGCACCAGCUUUUUCAGUCCUUGAUGGAGAUCGCAGAGGAGGUGCACGACUCUGUGGGAAAGCGUGAUGGAGAAGUCCCUUCCAUCCUUUUCUUCGUGGCAUUGCAGCCAAAUGGUGCCGUUCCACAGGUUCGAGAGCUUUGUGCUGCGACGGCGAGUCCAGCGCUCGCGAUCCUCGACGUCGACAAAGAGAAGCGAUAUCGUUGGGAGUCUGACCAGGACUUGGACACUGCAGUACUGCGAGACUUCGUGCGUGACUUCCGAGAAGGCAGGCUGAAGGCAGAAGGCAUCGCGAGUCCGGAAGCUGAGCCUCCAGCUGAGCCAAUGGAGGCGAUGCCCGUUGAGGCGCCCUCGGGACCUUCUGCCAGCACCUCCUCCACGGGAUCUCGGUCGCCGACCGAGGCUCCCGGGCCAGGCUGCAACGUGCUGUGA